UAACUCGCCUCAAGCCCUGCCCUCCAGCUCUGCAUGCGGCACGCGUAUUAUGCAAAGACAGUGGUUGUGUAAAAAAAAACAGGAAGUAAAACCUUGUAUCUCUCUGGCUUCUUGCAUUCACCCAGCAAGCCUUUGCAUUUCAGUGCUCCGUUUAUAAAUAUAUAUUCCAUACAUAAUAAAACUCGAUUUAUUCAGCGACUGUGUACUCACACAUAAGUGGAUCAGACGGGGCAAAAAAAGAUGACCAUUUCUAACCAUUGGUACGGGUUGCCUUCUCUGAUUGUUGCCUGUUUGGCGUCACGGGUGACCACUGACAUUUCGUGCCAGGAUGACAAUGGGCAGCCGGUCGAUUGGUUCAUAGUUUACAAGUUGCCCAAACAUGUUGACGGCUCUGGUAUAAACUACAUGUACAUGGACCAUGGGGCGUCUGGCUGGAGAACUGGGAGAUACACAGUGAACAGCACUCAAGGGGCAGUGGGAGCAACAUUGCAGCAACUCUACGGACAACCUCAGAGCAACAAUGUGGCGUUUGUGCUCUACAAUGACCAGAGCACGAUUGGAUCGAGAUCUGACGGUGGCCACACAAAAGGAGUUGUACUUUUGGAUCAGACACAAGGCUUCUGGUUAGUUCACAGUACGCCACAUUUUCCACCGCCAGCUCAAGAAAGUUAUCAGUGGCCAACCAGUGGAAGGAAAUAUGGCCAGUCCUUCCUCUGUGUAACAUACCCGUAUUCGCAAUUUCAAGAAAUCGGCACCCAGUUAUUGUACAACAGCCCUCAUGUGUUUGACCAUUCGAUCCCUCCAUCCUUUGCUAAGGAUCUACCGGAUCUCCAGAGAGCAGCAGCCGGUGAACACAAGAAAACCCCUCCGUGGUCCCGAAAGGUGGUCCUAUCGUCGGCAGCAGGGAAGCAAUUCACCAGCUUUGCAAAGCACAAGAAUUUUGGAGCAGAUCUGUACAAGGACUGGGUGGCAGGGGUCUUCCAGAGUGACCUGUUUGUGCAGUCGUGGCUGAACUGUCUGCGCGCUCUCCCCUCCAACUGCUCGGGGCAGUACGCGGUGUACAACGUGGAGGGAAUACGGUUCCCCACGGGCGCUGCCUUCUCCACUCACGUGGACCACUCAAAGUGGUGCGUGACGAGGCCUGGAGGAGGCAGCAGCUGGACCUGCAUCGGGGACAUCAACCGAGACCAGGCCCAGGAGGAGCGGGGCGGUGGGACCGUCUGCAACGAUGACCCAGCCGUCUAUGAUGCCUUCUCCAUCCUGGUUGUGUCCUGUCAGCUCUGCAAGUGCACCUGCAGUGGGAAUGCCUGAAUGGCAGUGCCUGGAGCAUUGGGCACCCAUCUUUGCUUUGGUGUAUGUGUGCAAGAAACCUUGGGGGACUUUAGCACCCACAGAGUUGGUGUGUUGGUAUUCCCUGUUGGUACCUGUGUAUGCUGCUGGUGCGUUGGUACCGGUGUACGCUGCUGGUGCUGGUGUGUUGGUAUCCUGUGUUUAAGAAAGAACUGCAGAUGCUGGAAAAUCGAAGGGAGACAAAAGUGCUGGAGAAACUCAGCGGGUGCAGCAGCAUCUAUGGAGCGAAGGAAAUAGGCAACGUUUCGGGCGGAAACCCUUCUUCAGACUGAAGAUAUCCUGUCCUGUGAGCUUCCAAGUCUUGCCCAGGAUUGGGCUUCAGAUAUGAAGUAUAGUCGGGUCCCCACCCGAUACAUCACCCAUUCCUUCUCUCCAGAGAUGCUGCCUGUCCCGCUGAGUUGCUCCAGCUUUUUGUGUCUAUCUUGGGCUUCUGAUAGCUGACCAGGUCGAGAGUUUUCACUCGGAUAUUAGAAGAGACAUUGACGUUCUCGAGCAGAUGUAAAACACCCACUUUGAAGAAGUUCAUAAAUUCAUGUUCAUACGUGAUAGGAACAGAAUUAGGCCAUUCGGCCCAUCAAGCCUACUCUGCCAAUCAAUCAUAGUUGAUCUAUCUUUCUCCCUCAACCCAAAUCUCCUGCCUUCUUGCCAUAACCCAUGACACCCUUACUAAUCAAGAAUCUUAUCUAUCUCUGCCUUAAAAAUGUCCAUUGCCUUCUGUGGCAAAGAAUUCCACAGGUUCACCACCCUGUGACUAAAGAAAUUCCUCCUCAUCUCCUUCCUGGAAGAACAUCCUUUAAUUCUGAGGCUGUGACCUCUGGUCCUAGACUCUCCCACAAGUGGAAACAUCCUCUCCACAUCAACUCUAUCCGAGCCUUUCACUGUUCAGAGGAAGGGUCUAAUGCAGCAUCCUGUCCAAUAUUAUCGUUCCAACAACAUUACCAAAAUCAGAUGAGGUCCACAUGAUUACAUCAAGAGUGUUGGAUUGUUAUAUGUACCAACAACAGAACAAUGUAAUUCUUACUUGCAGCAGCAUAACAGCUCUACAAACAUAAUAUUCCUAGAUAACAUGCAAUAAACAAAAAAUUAAUAAACUGAAACAGAAAAUAGGUGCAGGAAGACGCCAUUCGGCCCUUCGAGCCAGCACCGCCAUUCAUUAUGAUCAUGGCUGAUCGUCCCCAAUCAAUAACCCAUGCCUGCCUUCUCCCCAUAAACCUCAAUAUUAAUGCAAAAAAUCCAAAGUCCUUAGUGCAACAUACGAGGAAUUUGAUUUGUCAUACAGUCAUAUCAUAAAUCAACAAAACACACAAAAUACAUUUUAACAUCAACAUCCACCACAGUGACUCCUCCACAUUCCUCACUUUGAUGAAAGCCGAAAAAAGAUCAAUCACCCCAAUUUUAAAAUUACUUUCUUUGUUUCUUGUAUUGUAUUGUAUUCUGUAGUUUACUCGAGUUUUUGAGGUCCUACAGACCUCGUGAAAUUUCCAAGUUCCUCUAUUCUGCCCGCAUUCCCGUCUCGAAAUGUAUCCAAUCCACCAUCUGUUGCCAAGGCCUCGGGUGUAGAAUUAUCUACCCUGAACCCCCCCCCUUUUUAAACGAUUCCUUAGAAUUAGUUAUUUGUCUAAGCUUCUGAUCGCCGGUUCCAAGAUCACAGUAAAGUAUCAUUUUUUGUUCCAUCAUAUUUCUGUGGUGGGACGUGGGACGUUCUCCCAAUGGUAAACUUGUUACACCAAUGGAAACCUCUUUUGUUUCACUUGGUUGAUAUGCUGCCUACAUCAGGAAAGACAUUAGAAAACAAAAUGUGUGGGAAUGAACUGCAGACGCUGGUUCAUACCACAAAUAGACACAAAAAGCUGGAGUAACUCAGCAGAUCAGGCAGAAUCUCCAGAGACCCUUCACCAGACUGAGAGAAACAAAAUGUCCAUUGUGAGAAGUUAACAAGAAAAUGACAGUAUUGUCCAACAACAGAAAUGUGGAGCAGGCCAACACAGAUCGCAUUGCCCCUCUUGUCUUCAUCCCUUACAACAAUUACUCACCUUACUCUGUGUUGGUCAAUAGAUCCCAGCUGAAUUAUCCACCGUGGCAGUUCUUUGUUUCUUGUGGAGCUGGUGACAACUUCCAUGCACUGUCCUCCUACACUAGACUGCUGCCCUUGGCAUUCUUUGUAACAUUAAAUAUCUUUGUCUGAAUUAUCAGUAAAUUGUAACUGUAACUAAAUAAAUUCUGUUUUUUGUUUAAC